AGCAAACAGACGUAAUGACUUCACCAACAGAGAAAAUCGUGCUGAAAAGCACCUCAACAAUUUCCCUCAACGAUCGGGGGAAGAAAGACUGAUACAACAUCCAGAGUCCAAGGCCAAACUGGUCUGCUUGUUAGACUACUAGCUACAGCUGGAUAAUUGGGGGACUUCACCCAUGUACACAUGUGCAUUGUAUAUGGAGGGCCUGAUUGGUGUUAGUUUUGCCCCAGCUAACACACCUGACUUCAAUAUUCACCUAAUCGUGGUCUUCAGUUUAGAAUGACAUUUGAUUUAAUCAGUGUUUGCUAGGGAUGGAGAAAGUGUGACACCAAUCAGGCCCUGGACUGGAGUUGCCCACCCCUGGUAUAGGCAGUAAGGGCAGGGGAACGCAACUACAUGGAUACAGUAGUAUGCUAAGCAGUAUGUUCUUAAUUAACACAGGAGUCUGCUGAUGGGAGGACGGCUCAUAACAAUGACUGGAACGGAGCGAAUGGCAUCAAAUGCCUUGAAACCAGGUGUUUGCUGUAUUUUAGUAACAUUUCACUAAUGUCACUCCAGUCAUUACCAUAAGCCCGCUCUCCCCAAUUACACCGCCACCAGCCUCCUGUGGUUCUUAAACCCUCCCAUCUCCUAUCCUAUAUCACCCUAUUCGACUGAGGGCCAAGUGUCUGCAGGUUCACUCCCAUGUACUUGAUCAAGUAAAGUCACUGAUCAUUUAGGAACUCUCCUCACCUGGUUGUCUAGGUCUUAAUUGGACAUUUCAAAGGUAAGGUACAAACCAGCUGACACUCGGCCCUCCAUGGAAUGAGUUUGACACACCUGUCCUCCUUUAUCCCUCAACCCCUGCUCCUCCAAGCUUCACCACCAUGCUGAACAACAAGCAGCUGGAGCCAGUGGCUGUACCAGUCAACAUGCAGCAAGUGGCCAGUGUCCGCAACAGGAGACUGGCUCUGCAGAUGGAGAACAGGACCUCUGUGCAGGCUGCCCUGCAGCCCAAGCGCCUGGGGAAGGCCGAUGUCCUGGCAAGGCUAGGUCGGCCCAUGGGGACCCUGAUGCGGGGGGCCACCAGAAGCCAAGGAUUUGCUGUAAGGGGACUGCGAGGAAUGCAUCGAGGAGGUUUCGGAGUGUGUGGAAACAACAGAAGGGGCUUUUUCAGAGGUGGCUAUGCUUUCAGAGGUGUGAAUCCGAUGCGUGCCCGGGGAGGGGUGACUAAGCUUAGGUUUCGUCAGGGCUUGAGGUUGCAAGGUGGCCAGCUGAACGAUGCUGGAGUGCUGGUUAGCUGCGGAGCCAGGAAUGAACUGGGCCUGAGAGGAAGAGGCAGAGGAGCGGGUCUGGGCCUGCGGGGCCGGGGAUGGUUCCGAGGCAUGGGCAAACCUGAAAAAAUCCCCACCAAAGAGGAGCUGGACAACCAACUAGACAACUACAUGUCAAUGACCAAGAGCCACCUAGACGCAGAGCUGGAUUCCUACAUGGCCAUGGCAGACUCCGACUACAUGGAGUAGAACCCUGCUGGAAGACGGUGUCCAUGAUGCUAUUUCAGGAGAGGAAUACUCUACUACAGGUAGACCCUAGCUAGUUAAAUAACACUUAAAUACAGAUCGGUUAGCUGUAGACCCUAAAAUUGAAGUUUCUAGCUAUUGUAAUCUCUUUAUUUUGUAGCGAUAAGCACAACAUCCCUUCAUUGCUGGCAAGAGGAUGAGUUUUCGAUUUUGACAGAGUGUGCAAGGUGCAACCCCUUUCAGAUGGUGAGGGUUAAAAUAAUUCCUAUUUUCUUGAACACCGUAAUACUGAGCUUAAUCUUAAUUAUGGCAUCCCCUCACGUGUCUGUCUCUAGAAAUCAUGGGCACCUUGCGCCCGAACUGGAUUCAUAGAAAA